AUGGACAUGGACUGGUCACCUUGCAAGGAUCCACGCUUUAUGCAACCAGGCUGCGAGGAGAGCAACGGAAAGCCUUGUACAAGGAAGGGCUGCGCAGGCGUGUUCGAGAAGACCGGCGAGCCUUGUCAAUUUUGCCACGCCCACUGUCAUGAAGUCGUUGCUCGAUUCGAAGCCUUUCGUGGAUUUGCUCGAAGAGCUGCGAAGAAGAACGUCGGCAGACAUGCCAACCGCCGCAUGGGCACUUGA